AGGCCGCUGCAGUGCUGUCCUAUUAGGGGGGAUUGUCCUUCACAACUUCUUAGCCGCCUGUCCUUUCUGGAGCCUACAGAGCUCAGGCAAGGGCAUUGUGUCUGCUACAAUAAGCCGAGCUGUGGAGUGCUUCACCCUCACAUAAUUAUAUGGCUUUAAUGCAAGCAUCUUUCACUGUUCAUCCACUCACACCAGCAAGCGCAAAAAGAGCGGCGUUGUCAGAGAGAGUCGCUGGAUGUAUCCCUACUUCAUUAUGACUUGCUCUUCAGAGGGCUUUUUUAGAAAUUAAAUUGCUUUGGCAAUUAACUAAAAGGGGAUUUUUAGAAUUUAUGAAUGACUGAGAAGAUUGAUAUAUGGCGAGAGAGGACAGCAGCAUGUGAGAUGGACGUGAGGCUGAGGUGAUGGAUUUAUCGCCACGUUGAGAGCCACAUGAAAGGACCAUCACCAGCUGACCUUGUGGACAGAAUUAUUGGAUGUAAGCAGUGAUUUCACUCACCACCCUGGAGCUUUGAAGUACAAAUCCAGUGCCAUGGAAUCCCACAAGACUUGACUGCAUUACGAUCCUGUACUUAUCUUAACAAUGGCAAACAUGAUUUUAAACUACAUUCAUGCUUAGCUCUUGCCUCCUGUAUGGGGGAAUGGCUUGUGAAUCGUCAUCAUACCUUUCUUUUACCUAAAAAAACAAGAUUUGGAAGCUAAAAACUGUAAGGUCUCUUGGCAGAACGUAACAGAACGAUUUUCCCUCUAUUGUGGUGGCCAAACAUACAAGGGACUAUAGUAUUGAACAUGACUCAUGGGGAAGAGCCUGGCCCUGAAACACACCAGGAUUCUGCUGUAUUAACAUAUCUGGAAGGCUUACUCAUGCAUCAAGUAGCAGGAGGACAGGGUGCGGCAGCAACACAGAGUGGAAGCCAAGAGCAGAGGAAUAAGGACGGGACAGGGCAUGCACAGCCUAGUCAUGGCACUCGACAGGAGCAGAACCGAACAAAUUCCUACUGUGGAGCCUCACAGCACCUCAGAAAGGCUCGUCUUCUCAACUCAGAGGCCUGGACGGAGAGUGAGACUCAACGGAGGUCAGCACCCUCCGUUGCACUCAACGGGCAAAGUGAAAACCACCACAGUGGCCAGAACGGUACCUUCCAGGAUAAAGGAGAGAGUACACUUCUAGCUAGUUUGCUGCAGUCUUUCAGUUCUCGACUUCAAAACGUGACCCUGCCACAGCAGAUUAUCCAAGGUUUGAGGCCACCAGAUGCCCCCUGCCAGAUAAGCAAGCCUGUACAAGUAGACAGGGCAGAUGUGCCUUGCCACAGACCAGCCUCGAGCCACCUCAAAGGGUUAGUGAGCAAGAGCAAAAUGCAGAAUCACAGCAACAGUGUGCCUUAUCAACGUCGACGGUCUAGCCAGGAAAGUUUUUCAGAAUCUUCCAAGGCACUGCAGAGCAGUUCUCCCUCUCCAUCUCCUGAGUCUAUAUCUUGUACUGAGCGCCUAAAAGCUGUGGCAAACCUGGUAAAUAUCAGAUCAAGCCCCGCUCCAUCGCCCAAACCAAGUGUGGCCUGUAGUCAACUGGCUCUGUUGCUCUCCAGUGAGGCCCACCUGCAACAGUACUCUCGAGAACAUGCCAUGAAAGCUCAACUCUCUGGACGAUCAGCCAGUGAAAGAUUAUCUGCCAUGGCCACACAGCAGACACAAGAUAAACAACCUACAACUUCUGGCCAGACUCAUGGACUAAGUCUCUUACACACCAAGAAUGGAAUACCUUCACAAAUGUCAACCAGCUCCAGUCGACAAAGUCCAAGCCUGACCUCAGGGCAAAGAAGGACAGAAGGUUCCAUGCGCACAGGACAAUGCUUUAGAGAGCGUCGACCUUUCGAGAAACAAGGCAGACCAUCACAGAACUGCAGCAGUCUUCUACUUCAGCUUCUCAACAGUCACAACACCUCACAGCGAAUUAAUGGACAGGGUCACCUGAAAGACGACCUCAGUACCUUUGGCACUCUGGCCUCUCCGCUUUUUUCAGACAGCGAGCACUCAAACCCCGACAGCAGUCUUACAAAAGACAGCAGCGAUGCUGAGAGCACUUACUCUAGUUGCUCUCCUAUUGACCUUUCUCUGAAGAAUAGAACAAAUGUACAAACACCAGUAUCUACUUCAUCCUCACCUGUACGGGACAGAGUCCCAGAGUCUUCGUUAAACAGGUGGAAGCCUGAGAGUCCACCUGUCAAAGUUAGCUCAGAUCACAGGGAGGUGGACACCUGUUCAGAGAUGAAACCUCAUCACAAGGUCACUCUAUUACAGUUGCUCUUGGAUCACAAAAAUAACGAGAGAGUAAACAAAAGUCUGGAUAAUCCAGAUUUGCUGCAAGAUGUAAUCCCUAAGGUCACUAGUGCAUCUACAAGUAGCCAGAGUGUUUUCAGUACAGUUAGGUGUAAGGACCUUAGCGGACACUGUGGAUUGAGUUGUAGAAGUCCCAAACUCUUGCCAACUUUCUCCCAAAGCAGAGACUCCAACAGCAGUGCAUCUCCAUAUACACUUUAUGGGUCUCCCCAUUCUCAGUCUGUCCCAUUGGAUCUUUGUAAAGCAAAACAGCCUGCAAGUGAUGUAAGAGUAAAAGAACCUGCCUUUAGUGCUAGUAAAUUGUUACAGAAUUUAGCUCAGUGUGGAAAACAAAACCCUGACAUUUCUCCUCCAGCACAGGCACCUUUACCCCCUAUCAAACUCAUGACCCAAGAGCUGAAAGUUAACCAUCCUCCAACUUUACUUGAGAGACUCACUGCACCAAUUCAGAGAAAUAACACACUGUGGGAAGAGACCAAAGAAAAAACUUCAGCUGUGCCCGAAGCAACACAGCAUGUCUCCGAGAUUGAGAAUCUGCUUGAAAGGCGUACAGUUCUACAGCUUCUUUUGGGCAAUGCACCUCAGAAAGAAAAGGUAGGCAGUAAACGAAAACGAGAACAUAGCAAAAAUAGUUCUGUGGAAAAACCAACACAUCAGGCAACUGGCCAACCAAAUGGUCCUCCUUUGGAUAUUACAAUUAAAACUGAGCCUGUUGAAGAGGGUCAUAUGUAUGACUAUAACAAAAUGUCAGUACUGGAGCCUAGAAAAAGCACCAGUUAUCAUUCUCAUGAAAGCAUCAAAGAAGAACCAUUGUCCCCAGAGGCUCCCACCAGAGAUGGUCUUCUCUGCCAUCUCCUAAAAAAACGACCCAACAAAACCCUUCAGCCAAACAAAGUAGAAAACCUAAACAAGAGUUGUGUCAAAGAAGAAUCAGUUGAAACCCAGGGACCAACAAUCCCAAAGAAGCGGAAAUUUUCAAUAGAACUAGAAUAUCAUAACUCCUCGACUCAGCAUACCAGGGAUUUGGAACAUUCUGGUAGCAUGAAAGAAGACAACAGUGGUUGUUUUGCCGCCAGAGAUCUAGAGACAAGAGAGACCAGAGACCCAUCAAGCCCCCCAGAGGCUGACUGUCCACCAGCUAGGUUUCCACCAUAUGAUUCUAACGAAAACCGAAGUUUCAAUGUUCUAAAGCAGCUGCUUCUUUCAGACAACUGCUUGAAGGAAUUGUCUCAGCCAAGGGGUACAUUCAGUUCACCGUCACAUACUGUGCUGAAUGGGAAUACAAUCAAGCACUCAUGUAAUGAAGGUGAAAUUCAAAACUUUCACCAGAGCCUGAGUCCCAGCAAUCCAUCUUCUAAAAAAGCAAGCAGUCACAGGCAAGAAACUCCCCAUGUUACACAGCAGGAGCCUGCAAGGUCAAAAAUCGAUUACAGCACCACAAAGGAUUUGAAGGGCCCUGCAAAGAUGGUUAAUGGAGAUGAUCAAACACACAAGUAUGGGCCAGACUCACCUCGGUUUACCAAGACUAACCCUAUUUUGUACUAUAUGCUCCAGAGGAGCAAUGCACAACUGACUAAAGAGGUGGAGGGCUUGGAAGUAGGCUCGGGUCAAAUACAGACAAAGGUCAAAAACGAGUCAUCAGGUGAUACUGAGGCCUUUGAACUUUGAAACAAAAUUCACAGAAUUACAAUGGAACACUUAGUUGUGACUCAACACGGCUAAACGGGUCAUUGAAGAAAUACUAGUUUUGAGACUGUGAACCAGCAUCUGUGCUUGAACUAGAAAUGUGCUUCUUUUUAUUCUCUCUGCUUCUUAUCUACUUUUGUUUUUAUUGAGACAUCUCACAUUUUUCACUUGAAUUACGUGUAAUUUAGUUCACAAAAAGACCAUAAAACCAAAGUUCAUUUGAAUAUUUAUAAGCACUACUUUCUGGCUGAUUUCUUUCCUACAUUCUAAGCCGCAAAGAAAAUAAAAGUUUUCUACAAAAGGUGUGUGACAGAUUUGCCCUCAUGUAUUUGUAACAAUAUCAGUUCCCACUCUGUUUUCCACACAUGGGUUGACUUUUGGCCUCAGGCAGUGAGUUAUGAUGCACCGAUGCACAUGAUAAUCUGUAUAAACAGAUUGUGCCUCAGCAGUUGUUAGUGAAUAUUCUUCAAUUUACCAUGCUGAAAUGAAGAAAUAACUAAGUAUUGUUACUUUGUCUAUGCCAGAAAGGCAUUAAAUGUCACAGUAU